UCCCACACAAUCGCAUCAUUUGUACAGAAUUUUUCAACGCGUUCAUCUCGCUUAUUUUUUGGUGUUCUAUUUUAGGCGUGUCAGAUAGUACAAUCAACGCAGCUGCAGCUGAAAACCCAGUUGAUACCACGGAAGUCUAUAAAACUAUAGCAGAAGAUAAAUUUCUGGCAGUCAGUUCGAGCCCCGAAAAAGUCGACAUGGCCCAAGAUGAGAAAGUGGCCUCCGCCGAUGGAGCCGACGAGCAAAUGCUAGGCUCUAACGGAGUGGAAGACAAGCUGGCCGAGCGUCGGGAUGAGGUGAAGUUUAUCAAAGGCGAUCAUCAGAAUGGAGAUGCCAAGAUCGACAUCGGAACAGUCAAUGGAGGCGGCAAGCCUGCUUUCACUGGCAUGAGCAAGGAGGAGCUCAUGAAGUAUGCGAACGACCCAUUCUGGGUGCGCCUCCGAUGGAUCUUCUUCGUGUGUUUCUGGGCCAUUUGGGUGGGUAUGCUGGUUGGUGCCAUUUUGAUUAUCAUUGGAGCACCAAAAUGUGCUGCCCCGCAACCGUUACCAUGGUACAAGCGCGGACCACAUGCUAAGUUCGCCACUGUUGAUACCUGCAAGCCAGAAGAUGUCCAAGUUGCCAAGAAGAUCGUUUCGGCUGGAGCCAUCUAUGAGUUGCCAGCUGAUCUGACCUACGAAGUAAAGAAGCCCGAGGUGGAGGAGCAGAUCAAGCAUCUUGUGGCCUUGUACCAGGGCAGCGACACCAGAGUUAUUCUCGAUAUAACGCCCAACUACGUGGCCAAGGAAUCGCAGCUGGUGCAGGAUGCCAUUGCAAACCCCGAGAAGCGUUCCGCCUUCGCUUGGGUGACCGAUGGAAGCAACUUACCCAACAACUGGCUCAAGGUGGGCGGCAAUCGCACAGCCUGGGAGAAGGUUGGGGACAGUUAUGUGCUCUCCCAGUUUCAAGAUGGACACUACGACCUUAAGAUGAACAGUACCAUUAUUAGGAAAGAAUUAUCAGGAGUCUUGAAGCAUCUGGUGUCAUUGGGCGUACGUGGCUUCCGUCUGAAAAAUACCAAGUUCUUUUUGCUGUCCGACGGUCUGGACAGUGAGGUGAACUCGGCGGUUUCAAAGGACUUUAGUCUGGGACAAAGUGACUACGGUUUCUACAACCACAAGCAGACCACUUUCCAAUCCGGCCUGGGCGAUGUACUCUAUGAUUACUUGAGUAUCGUAAAGAACGCCUCUGAUGAGGCUUUCUUCUCGGUUGCCGAUGAUGUUAUUCAGCCACAGGUCUACCAGUUGAGCGAGGUUCCCGGAGCAUAUGGCAUCGAUCUCCCCAUUUACGGAGACUUUGUCAAGGUGCUCAGCAAAUCAAAGCCGCACAAAUCGCUGCAGAAGGAUCUGAAGAACACACUUUCCCAAUCCGGCAACAACAGCUGGCUGCAGUGGAACUUAGCGGACAUCUAUGUGGACACCCCGCAAGAUCCAUCUGCUUUAGUCAUGUUCAUAUCCCUACUGCCUGGUGUGCCCGUGGUUCCUGUAGAUGCUGUGGCCUACCAAAAUGUCACCGAGGAGAGCUUCAGGCAGAUUACUGCUCUGCGAAAGACAGCAUCCUACAUGCAUGGAGAACUCAAUAUCUACUAUGCCGAUCCGUUGGUGGCCUUCUCCAGGCAGAGAAUCAAGUCUGGAAAUCCUGGCUACCUUGUCAUCUUCAAUCCCACCGACUUGCCUCAGCCAAGCAACUUUACUACACCGAAGGAUAUUCCCGACAAGAUGACAGUGUCCUAUUUCAGCGAGAAGUACAACGACGACAUCCCAAAUGCCCACAAGGUGGCUCACGCGGGCAGGGUUAAUCCAAAGAAUCUCCAGGUGGCACCACACUCCAGCAUUAUCCUGACCUAUGUGCCAAUAAAGGAUGAUUAAAGUGGCCGUAUUGGCAGAAACAGCAAAAAUAUAUAAUAGUGCAUAAAGGCAUUUAUACAGAUAAUGUAUAAAAGAAAUAAAUUGCUUUGCUUACCGUUGAGAUUUGUAGCCGCCAAACAAAAUUAAAAAGUUAUUUGUUAAGAACUUUUCGGAGUUCCGUGCUUGUUCAAGAGAUUGCUUAAAAAUAAAUACAAUAUUUGCUUGCAUUUAAAA